UUGUCAUUGGGUUCCAGGGUACUUGUUGCGAAAUCUACGAUCCCUCCGUAUGGUCAUCGAAAAAAUUGGGUUCCACGCACACCGGAAGACUUUAGUGAUGGCGGCGCAUUUCCAGAGAUACAUAUCCCACAAUUUCCCCUCGAAAUGGGUCAACAGAAGACCUCUUCAAAUGCGCUCGUCCUGAAAACUGAUCAGGAAGGUCGAAUACGUUACGAUGAGCUGGUCCGUCAAGGCCACAGCAAAGACAGAAUUAUUUACUCUAAGUUUACUGACUUACUGCCGAAGACGAUUGACGACAAUGAUGAGGAUCUAAGGAAACCCAGCCAGGAUGUGAUUGAAGAGACUACCGAAAAAACGCGGAAGGCGUUGGAAUCCUUAGUUGAGCAGAAAGUGGCGGCAGCAGCUCCUGUUCGAAGGGCUGAGAAAACAGCCCCAGCGGAGUACAUACGGUACACACCGACUCAGCAAGGUUUGGCCUUCAACAGUGGCGCAAAACAACGCUUAGUCCGGAUGGUGGAGAUGCAGAAAGACCCAAUGGAACCUCCUAGAUUCAAGUAUCUCUCUUUUUUGUAUAAACUGUUUUCUAGGAUAAAUCAGAAGAUACCCCGAGGACCUCCAUCUCCACCCCCACCACUCAUGCAUUCACCCGCGCGGAAAGUUACCGUCAAAGAGCAGCAGGACUGGAAAAUACCGCCCUGUAUUUCAAAUUGGAAAAAUCCACGAGGUUAUACGAUACCCCUGGAUAAACGUGUAGCGGCGGAUGGUCGGGGAUUGCAGACUGUUCACAUUAACGAAAACUUUGCCAAGUUGGCAGAGGCUUUAUAUACUGCUGACCGAAAAGCCCGUGAGGCAGUCGAGAUGCGAGCGCAGAUUGAGCGCAAAGUUGCUCAAAAACAAAAAGAACGUAAAGAAGAGCAGUUGCAGCGCAUCGCGCACCACGCCCGAGAAUUUAGAGCUGGGCUUCGGCGCCCAGGCUUGCAGCCAGACGAAGAACUGGAUGCGGACCUGGGCCUAGACGAUAGAGAAGAACUGCGAAGAGACAGAGCCAGAGAGCGCAUUAGAGAACGCAAUUUGGCACGUUCCAAUAUCGAAACAAAGGCACGAGCACAAAAGGACAAGGAGCGUGAUAUCAGUGAACAAAUUGCACUUGGUUUGCCAAAUCCUCGGGUAAACGCAGACGGUGAAGCACAAUUCGACCAGCGACUGUUCAAUCAGUCCCGUGGUCUCGACUCUGGAUUUUCAGGAGGGACAGAUGACCUGUACAAUGUAUAUGACAAGCCUUGGCUUGGUGACUCUGAACUUGCAUCACAUAUCUAUCGGCCACGACAAAAAGAUAGCGACGCCUACGGGACUGAUCUGGAUGCACUACAAAAAACGAGGCGGUUUGUGCCUGAUCGAGAGUUUGCUGGUGCUGAUCAUGGUCGCCGGCUAGACGGUCCUGUCCAGUUCGAACGUGACGAAGAGGAUCCUUUCAAUCUGAGCAAGUUCUUAUCCGAAGCCAAGAAGGCGCAGAAGCGACCUGGUGAAAACAUCUCAGCAGAUCUUGGGAAAUUGGCCAGUGACUACGACGUUCUAACGGACGCCAAUCAGGUUAGUCGAGAGGCAGAUUUGAGCAGAAAAAUUAUAG